CCUUGGCACCUGCCUGGCACACAGGGGUGUAAGAGGAGGUAGAAGAGAAUGAGAGUGGGCUCAAGGGUCGUUUGGAACAUUCGAGCCAUUGCUCACACUCCCUCCCCCAUGGGGCGGGGACCAGAAGCCACACUCAGAUGCCAAUUACAGCCCCAUCCGGAGACAGCUAUACUUUAACAAGGAACAGAGCCAAGAGGCAAAGAAUUGACCGUCCUCCCAUAGGGGAAUUCUAGGCCUUGGCAACUCGUGUGGGGAGGGGCCGGGGCAAGGAGGGAGUCCCUUCCCAAGGCCUUUUUCUUCGAUUGGGAGGGUGUCAAGAGGAGGUCAGGAAUACCUUCCCAGGACCCUCAAUCACAUUGUGAAGGCAGCUUCCCAAGCCCUUGUCUAAGGAUGCAGUGAAGUGGGGGGCUGACAGGUGGAGGGAAGCAGACUGGAGCGAAAGCAGAGGCAGAGUGGCCUCUAGUCGCCUUUGCAGCCGGACCCCGGGCUCAGCCUGGCCUCCCUGUCUAUCCUGGCUGCAGCUGUGGGCGCAAGACGGCGCUGCAGAGCGGGACCCUGCUGAUGAUCAUCAUGGGCACCAGCGCCGCUUUCGCGUCCAGCUUCCCCGCCUACUGCGUGCUCCGCUUCCUCAGUGGGGUGGCAAUGACCGGCAUCAUUAUCACCAGCCUCUGCCUCGCCAUGGAGUGGACCCCAACGCAGAGUCGGAUGCUGGUCAAUAUCUACACCAUGUAUAUGAUCACACUGGGCCAGGUGGUCCUCACGGGCCUGGCCUACCUCAUCCACCAGUGGCGCUGGCUACAGGGCACCGUUUCUGUCGCCUACGUGAUUAUUCUUCUCUACUCCUGGUACGUCGUCUCCCAGACGUACUGUGCAGAGUUGCCUUGUCUGGUCUGUCUUCCUGGGAAGUGUUUGCUGACCUGAGAGCUUACUUUGGCUUGGGUCUGCUGAGAUCUGACCUCCUUAAGGAGAGAAGAGAGGACCCUUGGUAUACGACGAGGUGUCUUCAUUUGAUUUUUUUUCUCCAUAUCAUCCUUGGUGAGUAGUCCUGCACCAUUUGGGGUUCUAAGCGGCUGCACACUUGACCCCAUACCAAAUUCAGUCCUGAGUGACUACAAGGCCCCUCAGAAGCCCCAGGCUCCCAUGAAAUACCUCAUGGGGUCAGACUUGAAGAUUUCUGGCCACUCCACUCAGCCAAUGAGAUGAGAUUUACCAUACAAAUCCAGAGCCGCAAUGAAAGUAAGAACUCUCAUAAAAAUGACAGUGAAGAUCCAUACUAGUGCCAUGAGAGAUUUUGAGAGUGUAGCAUGAAAUGAGCAAUGUGGGUAACAGAAGAUGUGUACAACUUGGAGAUCGUUUUGCAAAAACAAACACGUGCUUACGUCUGUAUCUUGCGAUCUGACAAAAAGGAAAAUGGGGAAAACAACCACCAGCCCAUUCACAGUUGCUCUCCUUAUUCCUCCCGUUUUGCUUUUUUGGACUUUCCCUUGGAUCUCCCUGUUUUCGGGUGGGCCAGCCCUUGACACAUGGUGACUGGGACAGCGAGCCCAGUGCCUGUGUGGGUACUGUGGGUGGAGAUCCCUUGGCACCUCCAGAUGAUCGGGGUCAGGGGUGGGCAGGAGGCUCUGCCUUGUCUGAUCGUGCCUCCAGAUCAUUCCCUCCCUCACCCCAUUCCCUCUCACUCCUAGGGGCCUGCCAGAAUCCGCGUGCUGGCUCAUCACUCACAACAAACCUGACAAGGCUGUGAAAAAUCUGCAGGCUGUGGCAAGAUUAAAUGGCAAAAAGGAUCAGGGAAGGAAACUCACUCCAGAGGUUUUCCACAGGCUUUUCUUUCUAUGGGCUGAGUUUAGAUGUGCAGAAAUUUGGGUUCAACAUCUACUGGACACAAGUGCUGUUUUCAGUGGUGGAUAUCCCCACAAAGCUGCUGACAGGCCUGAGUAUGGCCUACUUUGGCCGCCGAAUCACCACCGUCUCCCUGCUGCUGGUGGCUGGUUGCAUGAUCCUUAUCACUGCAUUUCUUCCUCAAGACAUGAAUACCUUUCAGAUGAUCCUCUGUUUAUUUGGAAAAGGGAGCCUGGCUGGCUGUUUUAGUUGUCUCUACCUAUACACCAUGGAGCUCUUCCCAACAGAAGUCAGGCAGAUAGGGAUGAGUGCCGGAAUCUUCAGCACACGCCUGGGCUCCCUCUUGUCCCCACUGGUCUACAUCCUAGGCAAUCAUAGCCCACUGCUACAGCCUGUGAUAUUUGGCCUGGUCCCUAUCCUGGCGGCUGCAGCAGGCACCUUCCUGAUGGAGACGAAUAACCAGCCAUUGCUGAACACCAUCCAGGAGACAGAGAAGAGAAUAAAGAUGGCUCAUGACAAGCAAAGAAACGUCAGUGAAAAUACCACCAAGAAUGGAUUGGUCGCACUUCUUCCAGAAAAGACAAAAGUAGAAUGCCCAGUGUGAUUUCUUUGGACCCACACCUAUAUUCUGAAUGGCCCUUGCUCUCUUCACAACUUUCUCACAUUUUGAAAUGUGAAGGAUCUUGCCAAGGAAAUGCUGUGGCACCUCACUUGACCGUCUACUGGAAAAAGCAAUGAUAGUGCUGUGAUAUGGAAAUAUUAUAAGGCAGAUGAGUCAUUCGACUUAUAGACCAACUGAGAAAAGACAUGUAUUGGACAAUCAAGGACAUUUGAAUAGGAAGAAUGAGCUUUAAAUAAAUAUUAAGGGAUCUGUUGAUUUUGUGAAGUUGGCAGCGGCAUUAGGUUAUAUAAGCCAAUGUCCCUUCUUAAAAAAGAAAAAAGAUGUUAACUUGAAGUAUUUAGGAAUGAAAUGAAACAUUGGGAAUUUGCUUUAAAAUACUAGAAAAGUGCACAGAGUGAGUGCCAGGCUUGAAGCAGGGGGUUCGUUGUACCUCCUACCUUUGGAUGUGUUUGGAAAUUUUUAUGAUAGAAGUAUUUUUCAAGCCCAGCAGAUUUUUUCUACGGUUAAUGUAAAAUGAUGACUUGAUGGCUAAAAACAUCUCCCAGGCUGCCUCCCCAAGGGUUUUGUCUCCUCUGUGGUGUCUCUUGUCAGACCAUGUAGCCCUUAGUAGCCACAGGUUAUGGCCACGUCCUGCACUGCCUGUGGACAACCCAACCAGCACUGACGUGCAGCCCAGGGCCAGCUGCAGCCACCUGCCCAGAUCACAGGCUGGAUGCCUGAGACUACAAAAGGCCAAAAACCGAGCAGAGCUUCCAAUGGCAAGUGGUGGAUAGGUGUGUCCAAGAUAUGGAUCCGAGUGCAAUUGACAUAGCACCCCUCGCUAGUUACUGAUAUUGCUCCUACAUUUGGUAAUGGCCAUUUUGAUAUAUAAGGACAUAUGCUUGAGACCAUGACCAGAAAGCCCCCACAGGGCUACUGUACGGAGAAGAGCCCGAAUUUCUGAAAAGUCACAGAGUCCCUUUGUUAUCAGUGAGGUUCUCUGUUCAGCACGGACAUGUAAAUGUAUAUAUUUUUUUCUACACCUAAAUUUCUCUAACAUAGAAGACAUAUCGAAUUAUUGCUGUGUUCAUGCU